AGGGGCGGUACUCGUCGUCAUUCUUGGGAUUUGUAGUUUCCUUUCCCUCUGACGUGAGCGGAAGUGUUUUGAGGUUCCGUGAGCUAGGUCACAUUGGCCCAGUUUUGUAAUGUUUUGAGAGUCCCGCAUAAUGGAAGCAACAAAUACAGAGGACGUCCAUCUGAGACACGUGGAGAAGGAUGUGCUGAUCCCCAAGAUGAUGAGGGAGAAAGCCAAGGAGCUUUGUGCGGACAAGGUUGAAGCUUUUACCAGCUGCUGCAAAGACUCUGGUAUCUUGAUGGCGUUUAAGUGUCGAAAGGAGAAUUCAGCCCUGAAGGACUGUCUGAUGCAUCACUACCAGAAUCCUGGGUUUUUUGAGGAGUGUAAACAACAGUACAUUCAGGAGAAACUGGAGUAUGAGAAGACGGGGAUCCCGGCCAAGCACAGGGGUCAGAAACUUCCAGCCAGCAUGUAAAACGAAAAAAAAAUCGAGUGUCAAUCGAGUUUCAUGUCUGACGUUCAUGUCACCGAGGACUACAUGUGUUCAAAUGUGACCACAUAUGUUGUUCCUAAAUCCCUCAGGCCUUCUUUUUAAACUCGUAGAAUGUCGAUUCUUUGGCGGAUCUGGAGUGGUAAAAGUGAAAGUUUUGCCUGUUUGAUCUAAUCUGCAGCAUAUGGUGUGUGGCAUUUGAAGGAUCUUCUCUGACUUUGAGUCAGCAUGCUGUCAUCACGCGUGGAUGAUCUACACAUGUGCAGUACUUUUGCUUUAAUGCUCCAACAUCAUAUCGUCACUCAUUAGAAUCCUCUGGUUAAAAAAAAAGUGUAUUAAAGGAUAAGAUUCAAGCAAGACGUUGUCGCACUAAAAAAAAUAGACCUGACUUAAAGUCCACUAAACAACCAUGUGUUUAUUCCUCUGGAAAUUGUAAAUAAUAAAUCACAGCUGUUAAGUGUUUUCUGAUGAAAGAUAAUAAAAAAUUACGAAAACUGACUUUAA